AUGGAUUUGCAUAAAUUAUCUCCGCCCGGCUCUGAUUGCACUGUGGUGCCGUACUGGUCUGUACUGGUCCAUACUGGUCCGUACUGGUCCGUACUGGCCCAUACCGGUUUAUACCGGUUUAUACUGGUCCGUACUGGUUUAUACUGGUCCGCUCCGGCAGCGCUGGGCGCCGUGGGCGGGCUCCAGGGCCUGCGGGAGCGUUACCCCCUGGCCCUGCCCCCCAACUCCUCGGGGCCCUGCGGCCGCCCCCGGCCCGACGCCUUCCACCUCCUGCGGGACCCCGGCUCCGGAGACCUGCCCUGGCCGGGGCUGCUGCUGGGGCUGGGGAUCAUCUCCGCCUGGUACUGGUGCACCGACCAGGUGAUCGUGCAGCGCUGCCUGGCCGGCCGCUCCCUCACGCACGUCCGCGCCGGCUGCGUCGUCUGCGGCUACCUCAAGGUGCUGCCCAUGUUCCUGAUGGUGCUGCCCGGCAUGGCCGCCCGCGUCCUCUUCCCGGAGGUCGUGGGCUGCGCUGACCCCCAGGGCUGUUCCCGGGCCUGCGGCUCCGCCCUCAGCUGCUCCAACGUGGCGUAUCCGCGCCUGGUGCUCAGCCUGCUGCCCCCCGGGCUGCGGGGGCUGAUGCUGGCCGUGGUGCUGGCCGCGCUGAUGUCAUCGCUGGCCUCCAUCUUCGCCAGCGCCGGGGCGCUCUUCACGCUCGACGUCUUCCAGAAGCUUCGGCCGGGGGCGGGGCCGCGGCAGCUGCUGCUGGCCGGCAGGUGAGCGCACCUGGGACAGGUGAGGGCACCUGGGGCAGGUGAGAGCACCUGGGGCA